CAACAGCGCACAGUGUAUAGACUGACGCUAGUGAAAGCUUGGAACGUGGAUGAACUUAAAGCCUAUGCUGAACUGGUGUCCCUUGGUAAACCGGACUUCAUUGAGGUGAAGGGAGUGACAUACUGCGGUGAAAGCUCAGCCAGCAACUUAACCAUGGCCAAUGUUCCCUGGCACGAAGAGGUGGUGCGUUUUGUGCAGGAGUUGACGGACCUUAUACCAGAUUAUGACAUUGCAUGUGAACAUGAACAUUCAAACUGCCUCCUGAUCGCUCACAAAAAGUUCAAGAUCAACGGGGAAUGGAGCACGUGGAUUGAUUAUGACCGUUUUCAUGAGCUGGUCCAGGAGUAUGAAAACAGCAGGGGCUCAAAGACCUUCACUGCAGCAGAUUAUGUUGCCAAAACACCAUCUUGGGCAGUGUUUGGCUCCAAAGAGAGGGGCUUUGAUCCUUUGGACACUAGAUUUCAACGAAAGAACAAAGCAAAGGACAUCUCCGGGUGUUGAUAUCACUAACCUGAUUUACAGUAUGACUGGCUGAUGGAGCUGUUGUUUGGUUUCUCUUACUUUUAUAGUCUAACUUGGAUACAGAAUAUUUGCAUGUAGCCCAGACUGGUGACAGCAACAAGAAGGCAAAAGCCGUUUGUGACCUCUUCCCUUCUAUCUCUGUGAAUUAUAUCAGACAUUUUUUAUUUAGGUCCAUCUAUCCAAUUUGCUGUAAUUGGCAUGGUUCCAUGUAAUUUUUAUUCUAAGUGUGCAGAUCUUACAAUUAGAGCGUAACUGUGACCCACACAAUUUAAUAUAGCAACUCUUUUUAUUUUAUUGCUGGACUUUUUGGAGGGUGCUUCCUGUUUCAUCAUUUAAAUAUCUCGAUACCAAUGAUAGGGGAGUUGAAUUUUUCAGUGUAGCUCCCCCUUCGUCUAGUUGUCCGUGUCCAUGAAACCCGACAGCUUGGCUUUUGAAAGCCUGACCUAUACCUGGAGCAUCUUGACAGCACCAAAUCUUGGCAGCACCUAAGAUUUACUAACAUGUAUGUCAAACACAAACACUUGUUGCUAUAAAUAACAAAACACACACAAAUCUAGAGCCUUAUCCAGCAAAGUAUCUAUUGAAGUCAUAAAACACCUCUAAUUAUCCUGGUAGAGUGAAGCCUUUAAAGUAUGCUCAAGUGUCUUCCAUCUUCAUGGAUUCUUACCUUUAAUAUUUUCUAAAUAGUCGUGCCUCCAAACAAAAUUUGGGCCAAAUUGCGCUUGCUGGAUUUGCCCACAAUUUCUGUGGGAGUUCUGAGUGAGGUAGGCUAUCAGUGUUCGAACUUUUGAGUAAGCUGCCAGUAAAUUUUAAUUUGAAUCUCAGACCUGAAGUAAAACCUUAAAUGCAUCAAGAUUCAUAGCUAAAGAAUGGGAAGACUGAAGGAUCAACUGUAUUUUGAAACUGUUAGGAAUAAUUUACCAAGAGAAUCUCAGAAACCAGAUCUGUACUUAACACUUUUCUGGAGGUGAUGGUAGCUAAUUUUUCAAGCCUGUGUACCACCGUGUUUGAUCAAAAUUGUCAGAUGUGAAUGAAGAACAGUCCUGAUUCUAAGCAGUACAUUUAUUAAGGAAAAUUACAUGAUGGUGUCAUACACUGAUGUGUUGUCUAAAACUUUAAACAGUUUCUGGAUUUUUGACAACUUCUGAUUGUGAUGUAGAACAAGUCUAUUAAUUGGAGUUGGGGCCUGGUUGUUAAUUUCUUUGCACCUACAAUAACAACAAUGAAUUUGGCCAAGUUAUAAGUGUAAAACCAGUGUAUAUAAAGUCUGAAUCAGGUCUGGAACUUCUUUUCCAAGAAAGCUAUUUAUUGUCGUUUAUCCCAGAAAAGUAAAGGUCAAACUGAUGUGCAUCUUAUAAAUAUAUAUUUCAGAGAGAUUGGGCCACAGAUGGCUUUUUAUGAUAUUCUGAGAUAUUAAAAAAACUGCUACUGGGAAUUUAGAUUUAAAUAAAGGUGUUUUUUGUUUA